AUGAAGCUAAUUAUUGUAUUACUUUUGACAGCCACAGCGAUGACAUCAGCAACCGAUAAUAAGACUCAAACUAUGAGUCAGUGGAUGUCAGAAGUCAACAAUUCUAUUUUCACUGAUGAACAUGAUCAGUUCUGUGUUAAUCAAACUAAAGAUGAAUUUGAGGCAGAUGAGGAUCUUUUGAACUUAGCUGAAGCUAUCGUAACAUUUGAGGCAUCAUACAGCGAAUGUAUGAAAUUAUAUGAUCGAUUCCGUGGACAAAUGAGCAAACUUUACAAGGAAUAUGAAGCAGCACAUAACAUUACAAACGUUUAUUGCUUCAAAAUGGAACUAAAUCAUACUGGUUUUGUGAAGAUAAUUAAUGGAAGCAGGAUGGCUAAUUUAAUGACAAAAAAAUAUAACAUUCAUCCAUUGAAACCAACAACUGUUCAGCUUGAUUCAAUACAAAUCGGAUCAAAAUGUAAUGAGACUGAUGAAAAGGAUUUAAAUAAUAGAAUUUAUACAAUUAAGUGUAAAGUUCCAAACAAGCCCUACUCACAGUGGACUCAUUUGCAGGAAAUUGGAGUUAAUUUGAAUAUUUUUUACGAAUAUGUCGACAAACUUAUAAAUGAGUUUAAAUGUGAACGCGGGCACCUACAACUAGCUCUGGCACAACGACUUCAUCAGUUUUGA